AUGGAUGAACAUCUCCGCAUUCUCGAGCAAGAAUUUUGCCCACCAAUCGACCCCAGCCUUAUAUCUGCCAUUUACUCAGAUUAUGUAGGCCAGGCGGACGCGAUUGGCUCAGUCAGAGCGCUCCUCGGUCCUCUCAAAGCCUCCGCGGUAACUGAACAACUUACCGAUUUCGAACCUUCGGGCUUUGGCGGCUCUGUUCAGGAUAGUCCAGGGAAGGGUAGUGCCGAUGCCGAAUCAGCCGACACGUGGGCGACUCAAACCGUCUCAACAGACCGGUCCAACCUUUCGAGCGAGCAGUCGACACUCAGCGCCAGUGGGCGGUCAGAAGGAUCGUCGGGUGGAGGGUAUUUCAAGGAGACCGAGCAUUUUGACGUGCAGACAAAGGAGCAGCUGCUCGCAGAGACAUUCCCUAACUUACGCUUCGACUUGAUUACACGUAUACUGAAGAAGUGCAACAACGAUUACGACAAAGCGACGGACGAGCUAUUGAAUCACGUCUACUUUGAAGACGCUCGAGCGACCCAUUCAGACGAUGGCCCGAUUGCAAAGGGCAUCGACGCUUUCUCGGAAGACCAUCAUGUGCCCCAACGAGGGAAAAAGGGCAAAUCGAAAAAGCAGAAGAAGGCGCCUUUGGCAAAUCUGGAUUCAGUCUACAUGUCUGAAUCAGACAAAACACCUACUAAUCGAUGGCUCAAUACUCAACGUGACGUUGAAUUCAUAACAUCACGCACGGAUGUUCCUCUGCAUAUGGCCUCCUCACUUUACCACAAACACGGUGCAUCUUUAUCGACGACAAUUCUCGAGAUCGUACGAAGGAAUAUCAAAGCACAUAAUAAAGAGAUAGAGCCAGACGCCGCGCUAGUGCAAGACGCCAUUGUCCUGAAUGCAGGCUUCCCUACCCUCGGUCUCGACUACGCCCUCGCACUCGUGCGCCUCACAGCACCAUCUACCACGAAUGCACACGAGCUCGCAAAGGCCCUUACACAGCAGCCUGCGAGCGAAACAGGGGGCAAGGGGGGCAUCAGGCUCGAUCUACGCUACACACCACUCAACCUCUCUGAUCCUACAUCCGAGUCCACGUCACAGAAGCUACCAACCCUCGCACCCACUGCCCGGCCCCGCGAUACUGCAUCGAUAACCCGCGCACGCAGUGAAGCCUUUCAGCAGGCCUCCUCCGCGUAUCGAAAAGGUCGCUCCACACCCCUCAUGAAAGCCGCUGCAGGCUACUACGCACAAGAAGGUCGGGAUCUCUCUGCCAACUUGCGCGCUCUCAGUGCCACCGAAGCCGAUACAUUUGUCAUGUCGCAAUCUGGCCCAUCAUAUCUUGAUCUUCACGGCGUCACUGUUGCAGAUGCGACCAGGAUCGCCAAACAACGAACACAAGCUUGGUGGAAUGGGCUUGGUGAACAGCGGAUACCUGAAUGGAGUGGUGCGGGGAGAAGAGGUGGAGGGGAACCAUUUAGGAUCAUCACUGGAUUAGGACGGCAUAGUGAAGGCGGUAGAGGGAAGCUGGGGCCUGCGGUCGCAAAAAUGUUGGUCAAUGAAGGGUGGAAGGUAGUGAUCGAGCCGGGAGAGCUGCUCGUCACAGGGCUAGCAAGGAGGAGAUAUUGA